CGGAGGGUUAAUUGCUCCGUACCCACCAGCCCUUUUAUAACAUCGAAACCCCCCGAGGAGGGUUUCGAGGAGGCUUCAGAGGCAUCCCAUUAUUUCAAUCUCAGUCUCCCCUACCCAGAACAUGACGGCCUACGCACCGGUCCAUCCAUCCCAGAGGCGUGUCGCUUGUGAGCUCUGCAGGAGACACAAGUCGAAAUGUCAACGUAUCCACCGACACGACUCCAAGUGUUCACGCUGUAUGAUCCUUGGCAAAGAGUGUAUUACCGGGCAGCAGAAGAAAGUCGGGAGGCCGAAGCAUGUGGCCAGUCCUGCCCGUGGUGCGCCCAGGGAGACUGGUUCCAUCUCCAGGCCUGCCGCAAACGCGGCGGUGCGAAGGAAAGCGCCCGAUCGGCAUAGCCAAGAGGAUUGCUUUUUUCGUCCUGAACAGGCCGAAGACUUGGGAGAUGUACAAUACAAUCUAGACCCACCCCCGGUCGCCAUGGCAGCAGCAGAGGGUUAUUCCGUCCGGCCGAUAUGGUCAAAUCCAGGGAUGGAAACAAUGCAGCGGACACAGCUGAUCCCGAAUAUUGCCUUUGAUGAUGACGAGUUUCCCAUGGCCGGGAUCGACUCUAGCAGCAACUGGAGAGCCUCAGAUAAUGACCCUCCCAACCCGGCUGGCUAUCGCAUCUAUGGCGCGUCGCCUACACUGGAGAUGGCAGGGCAUGAAAGUUCACAAGGCGACAUCGCAAGCACAGACGCCAUGACAAAACUCUCCCAGAUCAACCUAGACUUGCACAUCCGGAUCGCAGCCGCCGAGAAGUGCCGCACGAUGGUAGACUUGAAUACCCUUUUAUACCCACAAGGCCCGCUCUUCAUUGGAGACUAUACCCUGGCCGAGUUCAUCCUCAAGACCUCGGAGGACUUUUCGCAGAUACUGACGCGUCUCCGGAUCGCGCACAUUGCGCCCCCUCUGACCAUGGGCGAUUCUCCAAGCUUCUCCGCGAAACCCCUGCCUGCCCCUCUUGCAUUGACUAUUACGAGUAUCUUCGCCCAACUAAUCUCCCUCCAUGAGCUGGUCCUCGACCACCUCAUCACCCGAAUCGAGCGACUCUCCACUGACCCGCUUACGCCCAUCCGAACCGUCAAAUUCAAAGGGCUUCUGCAACCAGAUAAACCCUGCGCCCAGGGUACGGUCUUCUCCAACGCCAUUGUGGCCCUACUAGAGGAAAUGGAGGGUGCAUUGGGCAUCAACGACACGGGCGAGCCUGGUGGGAUGUGUCUACUGUCGGCGAGACAGGCGGACGUGCUGCGGAGUGAAUUGGAGGGUCGAGUAGGGAUUACUUCUCCGGCUGGAGGUGAAGCCAUGAGGCUCGCCGACGUGAAACAGCUUUUUCGAAAAGUGGCUACUGUUCUUUGCGAGUUUUCUUUGCGGGAAUGAUGUGAAGGGCGAGGGUGGUCGCCAGGCUAGCGUUGGCGGAUGACUGCCGUUCAUUUUCCAGAUACCCAAUUGAUCCUCACUUCAUGUGCAGUUAAUCUCACGUCUGAAAAUAUGAUAAUUUCCCACCUUGGGGACCAAGCCUUGUCUGCGUCUCGUAAAGGCGAUACGAGCACAGACAUGGUCUGCAGAGCAGAGGGAUGCCAGUCCCCGCUACCUUGAACGAUUCGGCACUAUUCCGAGGCUAGCUUGCAAGGCUGGGGGUUGUGUAAAUUAAGUUGAUGCUAUGUGAGGGAAAGCUCAGACCAUUUCCAUCGGACUAGCUCAUGUGGAGGAACCCGUGGGCGUUCUAGACUCCAUUACCCUGAAUAAUACGUGAACAGCACGUGGAG